GUUGGUGUUUGGGAUGUUGUACCCUGCUUAUUACUCUUACAAAGCUGUGAAGACAAAAAAUGUGAAGGAAUAUGAACCACACCAUCCAAGGUGCAGAUAUUCUCUGUCAAGCUGUCAGACACUGGCUCCAGAGAGUGACUAGCGACCUCAGGACAUGUUAAGAAGCAGAGCACAAACACCAGAUUGGUUGUUCGAUGGAUGAUGUACUGGAUUGUGUUUGCUCUUUAUACAGUUACUGAAACAGUAGCAGACCUAAUGAUCUCUUGGUUUCCAUUGUAUUAUGAGUUGAAGAUCGCUUUUGUUAUUUGGCUGCUCUCUCCAUAUACUAGAGGGGCAAGCUUAAUGUAUAGGAAGUUUCUCCAUCCUCUUCUUUCUUCAAAGGAACGGGAGAUCGAUGAGUAUAUUGUACAAGCCAAAGAACGAGGUUAUGAAACUAUGGUGAAUUUUGGGAGACAGGGUUUAAAUUUGGCAGCUACUGCUGCAGUAACUGCUGCUGCAAAGGGUCAAGGUGCAAUAACUGAACGGUUGAGAAGUUUCAGUAUGCAUGACUUAACAGCUAUUCAAGGAGAUGAGCCAGUGGGACAAAGACCCUAUCAGACUUUACCUGAAACCAAAAAGAAAACCAAGAGUUCUGUCAGUGAGUCUCUGGGUUACAGGAUUCCAUUGGAAAAAGAUUCUGGAGAUGAUAAAACAGAUGAGGAAAUGGAGGGGACUCAUUCAGAAGAUGAGAUGUUUGCUCAGAGGGGACUCCGACGAUCACAAAGCAUGAAAUCUGUGAAAAGUAUUAAAGGCCGUAAAGAGAUACGAUAUGGCUCAUUAAAAUAUAAAGUAAAGAAGAGGCCUGCGGUGUAUUUUUAAAUGUACUACACUUUAAAGACAAACUGCUGUACUACAGUAACUUUACUUAGCACAUCAUGUGUUCAGGAUUUGUGUAUAUAUAAAAACUUUAAGCAUGGUGGUAGAACUCAUUUUUAUCAGUCUAAGCAGCUAUAUAAGAUUCUCUUAAUCUUCAAUGGCUUAUCAUUAUGACUUGAUUGUUAAAUCUGGCUAGGAAAAAUCCUAGGUUUCUGCACUCAUUAAAUUUUGUAAGAAUUUAAUGAAUGACAAAAACAAAGCCUGAUUUACAAAGGUACCGAACAGCUGCAAAUUCCAUUAACAUCAGUUGAACUUGGUGUUAUUCAGCUCUUACAAAACUUAAACCCCUAGUGUUUCCUAGUUUACAAUUCAAAAAUAGGUAUACUUGAACUUGUUUCUAAACCCAGGAUUCCUGAAAAAGCUUUCAUAAUUGUAUAAAAAUGUACAGUUUUAGAGGACCGUUCAAUGAAAGUGGGGAAAGGAAAAGCCAGUUAUAUUUGGUAUGUCCUUAAAAGAACUUCUUACACCUUAUUUCCUAAUAUUUUAAAUAUUAAUAGAUUACUUUGAUAUCUGUACAGCAGUUUUUUGUAUACUUGUGCAGCUGUAAAACAGUAAACAUGUAAUGUUAGUGAUUUAAAAAAAAAUCAGGUUUCACCAAUGUAUUUUUAAAUGGCAGCAAUUUAAUCCUUGUAUUACCACAUCUUACUCUUGGUUAUUAAGCACAUAGAAGAUGCUAUCAAUAACUGUUACUAAUCUUUUGCAGAAUUUUGUCAGGUGCCUUUUGUCUUUUAGGGGGAGUACUCUUUCUCCAGCACAUUCAGAUAUAAAAUGACUUCUGACUAAUAGCCAGUUCUCAAUUCUAAAUUGUGGUAGAUACAAAUUUGCAGCAACUGCUAGAUAUCAGGGACAUGUUCAACUUAUCAGUUGUGUGGUACAACCACCAUUGAAAUAAAUGGGAGUAAUGCAGUCACAUCUGAUGAACUGUUCAAGUCCUAGAUUCCAGGUUUUUGCUAAGGCUUAUUUUAUAAUAUUAUAUUUCAGAAUAGCUUUAGAUAUCAAACUUGCAUUCUUACAGAUGUUUAAAAGGCAACUUCAUUAUUCCUGAAGUAGUUAUUAAAAUAUUUGUGUAUAAAUAGCUCUUUUCAAGACUGUCUUCUCGCUGAUUCACUCAGCAAUGCCUUAACCCAAUUGACAUCAUGAUUUUAUUUAAUUUUUAAAAUCCUUUAUACAAAUAUCUCUAACCUAUAGGGAUGGAAGGAAAAUAUUAUUGUGAGGUUUUUUUAUACGACUAUCUCUGUAGCCACUAGGGAUGGAAGGAAAAUACUAGGUUUAAAAAUUAAAUGGAAUUUUAAAUGUAUUGAGUAUUGAAAGAAGUGUCACUCUCAAUUUAAAGGAAGUUAUGUCAUAGGAUCACUUCCAAAAACUUCCUGCCCUGCAAAUCUCCCAGAUAUGAGAGAAAUACAGCAAGCAGAAACUGUAAGAGGGCAGUGUAAUCAUGUUUCCUUCGGAGCCCUUCCCCACCCGCCAUACAGUAGCAACCCCCUUUACUGGCCCGGUGCAGCCCACUGACCAGACUUAAGUCUUGUUUUAGCCAGAGGUUUUCUUAUGCCUACUGUUACUGCCAGCAGAGCAACUCCAUUAGUGGGAGCAUCCUUUGGGGCAGCUGCUGGCAUUCUAACCACAGUGUCAUGUAGAUCAUCUCUGAGCAGAGUUAAAUGACACAGUUGAAAAUGAGGGCUGGUUUACAUUAGCAUUACGUCAGUGGGGCUGCAACUGUAGGAAUUUAGGUAAAGCCAUGUCUGCAGUAAUUUCAUAGACAAGAGUGACAAAACUGAUAGGAACAGUGGGAGUAUUGUGCAAAGGGAGUUUCAGAAACACAUUCGUUAAUACUGGUUACAUUCCAUAAGGGACUGAAAGGGCUAAGAUUGACACAGCUUUACUAAAAGAUUUGAUGACAUACCAGAUGACAGCCACCCUCUCCUAAAGGAGUAUAGUACCAUUGAUGCCAGUGUAAUGCUACCAAAUAGAACUGAGGUUACUGGUCCCACUCUUUUAUAAUGGUAAAGUCUCUUUCCUUACAUACUUGGGCAACAGCUUUUGUUAGAGAGUUAUGCCAUUCUAUUCAGCUUAAGUUCAUAUACCAUGCCUAUUGCCAUUGUAUCUGAGCACCAUUGGGUGGGCUUUGUGUCCUUCACGGUCUAUUACACUUAAAUUAUGUAGCAGGGACCUUUUGAUCACCUUCCUAAAUCCUUUGUGUCUCCCUGUCAUCCUAUUCUAGCUAACAUAGUAGCCUUUGUUUUAAUAAUUCAGUUGAUCUAAUACCAGGCCCAAACUUCCAGUAUGCUGCAUAUUUUUGUAUUGAAAACCUGUAACUGUUGUGGCAUGUUAAGGUUGGCCUUCCUAACAAAAGGAUAGGAGGGGAUAUUCAUGCCUUGUGAUGACUCAGACACAGACUUGAAGGUCAGAAGGGACCAUUAUGAUCACCUAGUCUGACCUGCACAAUGCAGGCCACACAAUCUCACCCAUCCA